AUGGCAGACGAGGUGUUAAUAAAUAUUUUAACUUUAAAUUGUUGGUAAGUGAUAUAAAUAUGGGAUUGCUUUUAUCUAAUUGAAUCUAGUUUAAAAUUAUUUUUAUAACAAUUAUAUCUUUUUACAUAAAUAAUAAAUAUUUCCAUAUAUUUAGAAUAUAUAAUUGUAAUUAACAUAAAUAUAUAUAAUAUAUAUUUUAGGGGAAUACCAUAUGUUUCACAAAAUAGGAAUGCUCGUAUGGUAGCAAUUGCAGAAAAAUUUGCUACUGAGAAUUAUGAUAUUAUUUGUCUGCAAGAAGUAUGGUCAGUUGAAGAUUUCAAAAUGAUAAAAGUUAAGACACAAGAACAAUUACCUUAUUCACAUUAUUUCUACAGCGGUGUUCUUGGAUCAGGAAUUUGUAUCUUAUCUAAAUUUCCUGUUAAGGAUGUGAUGUUUCAUAGAUGGUCUUUAAAUGGAUAUGUACAUAAAAUACACCAUGGAGAUUGGUUUGGUGGAAAAGGUGUUGGCCUCUGUAGACUUCAAAUUCACAAUAUGAACAUUAAUGUUUAUAUUACACAUUUACAUGCAGAAUACAACAGUCACAGUGAUGAAUACAUAGCACAUAGAAUUCUACAAGCUUUUGAUACUGCCCAAUUUAUUAAAAUGACUUCUGGUGGUAUUGACUCUGUAAUAUUGGGAGGUGAUCUUAAUACAGAACCUAAAGACUUAGCUUAUAAAAUCAUUUGUGGUGUUGCUGGUUUAGCAGAUGCUUGCUCAAGGACCAUUGAGUGUGCCAAUAAUAGUUAUACUAGUUCAAAACUUGCAAGAACUUUUUCUGAGGGAAAACGUAUAGAUCAUAUUUUAUAUCAAGGUUCAAAGAAUAUUAAGAUAGAGAUAACAAAUUUUCAACAUCCUUUCCCAAAACGGGUACCAUACAAAGAUUUUAGUUACUCUGAUCAUGAAGCUGUGAUGGCAACUUUUAAAUUUAGUCCUGGCGAAUCUGAGACUAUAAAUACAGAUGUUAAAGAUUUAAUAAAGGAAGCUAUAAAUAUAUGUGAAACAUCAUUGAAAAAUAUUCGUCGACAGCGAUUUUGGUAUUUGUUAUUAAGCUGUAUAUUAAUUAUACCACUUGCGUGGUCUAUGGGAUUGGAUUGUUUUCUUUCAUCUCUCGAUGUAACUAUUGGGAUUAAUAUAGGACGCAUUUUAUUAACAGCAAUAUUGUGUUAUACUUUGUUUAUGAGUUCUAUAUGGAAUAGUGUAGAAAAGAAUGCUUUGAAAGCAGGAUGUUCAGAAAUGGAAAUUUAUUUAGCAAAUUUAAAUAAUAAUUUAUGUAAAAGUUAAGUUUGUAUAAAUCUUACAAGUACAUGGUUCAAAAUUUGAACUUCCUUUUUAAACUAUUUCUUAACUUUUCAAGUUAAAAAAUCAAACAAUAUCAUUUCUAACAAAAAUAUAUUUUCUUACUAAGAAUAUAAUUAUUAAUAAAUUAUAUCAUUCAUGCACAUUAAUAUUCUCGUUAUUAUAUUAUCAUAGGACAAUAAUUAAAUUAAAAUAUACAAAGCAUCUCUUUUAUAAAGCAAUUUUAUAAAAUGUAUCAACUGUUUUUAUAUAAUAACUUUUUAAAAUCACAUAAUCUUCACUUAUAGGUAUAUAGAUAAUAAAUUAUAAUUUAAUUUUUUUAAAUUAAAUUUCAUAUAGAGUAAAAGAAUAAAAAUUUUUUAAAUAUCAAAAAUAAAAAAAAUAAUUUAAGAAAAUUUAUUAAUAACAGAUAUCUUAUAAAAUAUUUCAAAAUAAAAAUCUAUUUUAUUUAAUAAUAUUUUAAUUUGCAAUAAUGUAUCAUUUUGUUUAUCAUAGAUAUUUUAUAAAAUGAUAUUUUAAAUACAUUGCUUACAUUGUUAUAUUUGACAAUCUUUUAUUAUCAUAUUAAUUUAUAAUUUAAAUUAUUCAAUUAUUCAAUAAAUAUUUUUAAAAUUCAUUAUAAUAUUAAUAUUACAACAUUAAUAAAAUUGUUAUUGUAAAUGUAAUUAUAAAUAUGUUCAUUUUUUUUUAGAUAUAUUAA